GGGAGCCCAUUCCCGAGUUGGACUUGAGCAAAUACACUUCGUUUUCGGUGCCUUCGGGUUCGAAGGCUGGAGACGUGAAGGCGUGGGAGAAGACAGUGAUAAACUGUCAGCAGCUGCUGCAGCACGCAGCAACAGCUCACAUAAACCUCGAGCUCAUGAACGCCCAUGCUGCAGCGUCUUGGCAGCGGCACCUCACAAAUCUCACGCAGACCAAGGACAGACUUGUCGCUGCAACUAAGCGCCGCACCGAGGAGGAGAAUUCUAUUUGCAAGACACGAAAAGUGCAGCAGGUAGAGGCAUCAGGCACCCUCAAGCAGCUGGAGCAAACGGCCCAGCAAUACAAAAACAACAACGCAUCCAUCAUUGAGGCUCUGGGACCGCUGACGGCGGAGGUUAUGGAAUUGAAGGCCAAGUGUAGAAUCAGAGGUAUUUUGCCAGAGUACGCAGAGGAGGACGAGUUCGAUUUGGAGGCAUGGCAGGAGGCGGCGAACACAACGAGUUGA